GUCAGGAGACAAGAUAACGCGGCCGCCGCUCUAUUUCCCUUUCCGGCUUCCGAACCCUAGAGCUCCGGCGACGGUCGAGGCGACAUCCCCGAGGUACCACCGAUCCCCGAUCCGAGGAGCAAGCGAUGCCGCCAGGACGAGGACGGCGUGGCCGCACGGAGCAGCGCCACCCGCCGGAGACCGGCCGCCGCGACGAGGGUGCUCCGUCACGUCCCACGCCGCCGUUCCCCGCCUUCGCUUCUCAGGGGAUGAAGACGAGGAGGCCGAGGCAGCCGCCGCCGGCGAGCCUCCCCUUCGCCGAGAUCCUGUCGCGGGUGCCCUACCGGUCGCUCUGCCGCUUCCGGUGCGUGUCCAAGGCGUGGCGAGUCCUCUGCUCCCACCGGGCCAUCCAAAGGAGGGUGCCGCAGACCCUCUCCGGAUUCUUCCACACCCACCACUCGGACGGCGGCCUCCGUUUCAGCAAUCUGUCCGGGGGAGGCGCCCCUCUGGUCGACGCUUCGCUCCCUUUCCUCCGCAGGAGGUACGCGAGCGUCAAGCUCGAGCAAUGCAGCAGCAGCCUUCUCCUCUGCAAAUGCCGGGAAUCCGAGGAAGACGAGGAAUGCGAUUACGUCGUGUGCAAUCCUAUGACCCGGCAGUGGACCGUGCUGCCUCCUAUAGUAUGGCAGGACGAAGAGGAUGGUGAACCUGUGUAUUUCAGAGUGGUGCAGCCCUUCCUGGGUUUCGACCCGGCCUUUCCAUCUCGCUUUGUGGUGUUUUCGCCCCUGGUCGAGGUGUGCGACGAUGUGGCGAUAUACUCGUCGGAAACUGGGCGAUGGACUCGCAACAGUGAGUGGGGGGAUAACAGCGAGUAUCCUUCUUUUUCUGCAGAAUGUGCCUUCCUGAAUGGCAUGAUGCAUUUUCUGCAUCUGGUGAUCGAGGAACCUUUAAUUGCCGUAGUGGACACAGAGGGGGAUGUUUGUGGGGAAAUUACUCUGCCGGAAGGAAUGGAAGACGCCAGUUCUGGUUAUAGUUCAAUUGGGUACUCUCAAGGGAAAUUGCAUGCCUGGUAUAUGCAUCCUCAUUAUUACGAACUCUCUGUGUGGGUACUUGAGGAUUAUGCUAGUGAAAAGUGGACCCUAAAGCAUACUGUUGACGUUCCAGAACUGUUUGGAAGGGAAUCCACUGAAGAGGAUUGUGACGAAGAGGACAGGACCUAUAAGUAUGAGAUGUUUGCAAUUCAUCCAGAGCAUAAUUUGAUUUUCCUUACUGACUGGAAGGAGGUGAAUCUGUCCUAUGAUAUGGAUAGCAAGGAAGUGCAUCUUAUGUGCACUUCUGGAGAUUUCCUGGGUGGCCUACCUUAUAUUCCCUCUUUUGCGGAUCUGGUUGUUGGAUGAUUGCUGAAAGUCGCUACUGCUUGAUGCACUUAACGGGUGGCACUAACGCCUUUGUAAAAAUCAGUUGUUUGGUGUGUGCGCGCCUAAUCUUCUAGUUCUGUGGCACAGGUUUGGAUAUGUGGUCCUAUCGUUCCAAAUUGUGCUUUUCAGGUGCAUGCCUUUCGUGGCUUUGAACAAUGUUGGUUAGCCGAUGAUGUUUUGUAGUGUUUGGAUAUGUCGCGGCUUUGAACAAUGUUGGUUAGCCGUAGAUAUUUUGUAAGAGAGAAGCGGUCCAAUGUGUAAUGCUUAGUUGUAUGAAUGACCUAGUCCCCUAUAUAUUUGCUUUCAUGUAGUACUAACUGCUGCAACACUUCUUAUCUGUUCACGUGGGCUG